AUGGCGAGGAAACCAAUAAAAACGGCCUCUAGUCCCGGGCAGCCCUUAGAUGGGCAAGGGGUGCGAAGAAUCUCCCGGCUCAAAAUAGUGAAGUCCAAUCUGCGUAUAUCCACUUGGAACGUUAGAAGUCUCUUCGCUGCGGGGAAACUCAGCAAUGCAAUCAAAGAAAUGAAAAGGAUAAAAAUCAGGUUUAUGGGAAUAAGUGAGCUAAGAUGGCCAGGAGUAGGCACAUGUGCCCACGAAGGUGGAACCCUUUACUUCUCGGGAAGUGCUGAAGACGACCGUCGACACAGCAAUGGAGUUGGGAUUCUGGUUGACUCAGAGUUUGUCAAAUAUGUGAAAGGAUUCGUACCCAUCUCGGACAGAGUCAUGCUGCUCCAACUGCAUGGGAAGCCAUUUGAUAUUAAUCUUAUACAGAUCUAUGCUCCUACCUCCGAAAAAAGAUACGAUGACGAUGUGGAAGUCUUGUAUGACACUAUCAGGGACACACUUCAGAGCCUACAAAGUGACAACGUCAACCUAGUCAUGAGGGACUUUAAUGCCAAAAUAGGGCAGGGAAGAAGAACCGAUAUCGUUGGUGAUCACGGCUUAGGGGAGAGUAACGAGAGAGGCGAUAGGCUUUUCGAAUUCUGUCAGGAGACAGAAAUGGUAGUGACCAAUACAUGGUACAAAUUACCAAAACGUCGCCUCUACACCUGGAAAUCGCCUCUCGAUGGGGGGAGUAACCCGGAGCCUGUGAGGAACCAGAUUGAUUAUGUCCUGAUAAAUAAACGCUUCAGAAACAUGGUAAGGAGUAUCAAGGCGUACCCCGGAGCAGAUAUUGGAUCGGACCAUAACCCGUUGGUCACGGACCUGACGCUAAGGCUGAAGUGUGUCAGGAGUGGUACUGCCAGCAAGAGGAUCGAUGUCUCGAAGCUGCGAAACAUUGAAACGAGAAAAGUGCUACAUUUGACCUCAAUAGAAAACUGA